AGCGGCCAUUUCACGGCGCCGCGCGCGGCCGCGUCCCGCCUCUCGCAGCCGCCUCGGGCGGGGCGGUGCCGCUGCCUUCCGUCGUGCCGUGGGAUGGGCCCGCCCCGCUCCUCCUCCUGCGGCCCCGCCCGCCCGCGCCCAACCCCGGGGAGCCGAGCGGGUGCGUGCGGCCGUCCGCUGCGCCCCGCACCGCCGCGCCAUGCUGCCGCUCCUGCGCCGCCUCGCGCUGCCCGCCGCCUGCGACGGGAGCCGGGAUGGCGACUCGCGGUACGCCAACCUCUUCAAGAAGCUGGACCUCAACGAGGAUGGAAGGGUGGAUAUCGCCGAGCUCCAGACGGGCCUCCAGGCCAUGGGCAUCCCGCUGGGCAAGGAGGCGGAGGAGAAAAUCUUUAAAGCUGGAGACACUAACCAGGAUGGGCAGCUAGAUUUUGAAGAAUUUAUGCAGUAUCUUAAAGAUCAUGAGAAGAAAAUGAAACUGGCGUUUAAGAGCCUGGACAAAAACAAUGAUGGAAAAAUUGAACCAUCAGAAGUUGUCCAGUCCCUCAAGAUACUGGGUAUAAACAUUUCAGAAAAACAAGCACAGAAGAUCCUGCAAAGUAUUGAUGCUGAUGGAACAAUGUCAGUAGAUUGGAAUGAGUGGAGAGAUCAUUUUAUGUUUAACCCUGCCACGGACAUAGAGGAAAUAAUCCGAUAUUGGAAACAUUCCACUGUGCUGGAUAUUGGAGAUAGUUUGACUGUUCCAGAUGAGUUCACAGAGGAAGAGAAAAAGAGUGGACAGUGGUGGAAGCAGCUCUUAGCAGGAGGAGUGGCUGGUGCUGUCUCUCGAACAGGUACAGCACCUUUAGAUCGUCUAAAAGUAAUGAUGCAGGUCCAUGGUUCAAAAUCCAACAAAAUGAAUAUUGCCAGUGGUUUUAAGCAAAUGUUGAAGGAAGGUGGUGUUCGAUCCCUCUGGAGGGGAAAUGGUGUAAAUGUUGUGAAAAUAGCUCCUGAGACAGCUAUUAAGUUCUGGGCUUAUGAACAGUAUAAGAAGAUACUCACUAAGGAUGAUGGAAAUUUAGGCACCAUUGAAAGAUUUGUAUCUGGUUCUUUAGCCGGAGCAACAGCACAAACUUCUAUUUAUCCCAUGGAGGUUUUAAAGACGAGAUUGGCUGUGGGUAAAACAGGACAAUAUUCUGGGAUGUUUGACUGUGCUAAGAAGAUCUUGAAAAGAGAAGGUGUAAAGGCCUUCUACAAAGGCUAUAUUCCUAACAUUUUGGGUAUAAUUCCUUAUGCUGGCAUUGACCUUGCUGUUUAUGAGCUCUUAAAGACUACGUGGCUAGAACACUAUGCGUCAAGUUCUGCUAACCCAGGGGUUUUUGUGUUGUUGGGAUGUGGUACUGUUUCCAGCACAUGUGGGCAGUUAGCCAGUUACCCUCUUGCUCUUGUCAGAACACGCAUGCAGGCUCAAGCCUCGGUGGAAGGAGCGCCACAGCUAAACAUGGUCGGUCUCUUUCAAAGAAUUAUUGCUGCAGAAGGAAUCCAAGGACUUUACAGGGGCAUAGCCCCUAAUUUUAUGAAAGUUCUUCCAGCUGUCAGUAUCAGUUACGUUGUGUAUGAAAAAAUGAAGCAGAAUUUAGGAAUAGCAUGAAAGUAAGGAAAUAGGUGAGGUAUUUCUAACUUGGUUGGAAUUAUCAGAACAAAAAUGAUUUCUCAAGUAAUCUGUUUUUACAAUUAGAGACGUUGUGGAGAGAUGCUGCAACUUCUGUUUUUAUCCUCAAGUGGGAGGAAACUUUCUUGAUUUCUAGUUCACCAUUUGUAAACAGAUACCUAUAUCGCACUUUAAUGUCACUGAAUUGAGAAAAAAGAGCCUGUAUCUUUAAAUCAACUGUAUGUCUAUAUAUUCAUAUAAUCAUGCAUAUUUUAUUCUUGCUUUUGUCUUCUCUAACUGAAUUUGUCUCAGAUGAAACCAAAGGUAGAAGUUCAUACUGCCUUGACACUGAACAGAUGAAAGUGACUUUGUUUUGUCAUGCUGCCUGUCCUCAAGCCAUUCACAGCAUUUUGCACUUGUAGAAGUAAGCACUUACUACCAUUAUUUUUGAAGACAAUCUAAGUUCUGAAAAAUGUUACCUUAGAUACAGAAAGGGAUAGAGUAACACAUUAAAUGUAGCCCGCCACCUUCAUCUUCAAGCUAACCUGUUUUUUCUUUGAAGAAUAUGAGCCUGAGAAACUACUGUUCCAUGGUAUCUGAAAUACCUCAAUUGAUUUACAUGACGUUUUUGUAAUGUGGUCGAUGAUUUUGAUAUCUUGCUUCUUUGGACCUGCUUUUGCACUUGUAAAUGCUAGCAUGACAAGCUUUAGAUUACAGUUGCAUGUUUUAUAGAAUCACAAUAUAUAGAAACAGAAAAAGCUACUGGGUUACUGGAUCCAUUCCUACAAGUUUAAGUUCCUGUUUAAAAAUGAGAUGAAGGAUCUGGUAUUAAGCUAAUAAUGAAUUAGCUAUUGGCUGUGUUAGAAGAAAUAAACAGAAUGAAAAAGACAAGAACUCAAACACAUCAUAGCUGCCUUGAAGAGCAAAAUGCUUCUUGUUCAGGACUCACAGUUUCUUCCCUUACUCUCAAAGGGUUACAAUCCCCUACGUGCUUUUAACGAAUAAGGGAUUGUGUUAUUGUGUAAAGUUUUUAAAGGCUUGUCAUGAAGGAUAAAUCCGCUUACCCUCGCAGUCUUCUGUGUGCUGUGUGUGCUGACUGUGUAUGAAAUUUAGGUCAUAAAAUACUGAAGCAUUUUGUCUGAGUGACCAAAUGGAACUGUGGAUCUCUAAUGUCCAUCAGGUUCACAUUAACAAAGCAAGUGAAGCACAGGGAGCUUGUAAGUACUUGAGAAACAGUUCCUCAUUUAAAGAAAAAAAACAAAGCAGCACUUCCUCCAUGUGGAAAGUAGAUAUUUCCAUGUAUAAACCACUUCCUUUUUUUUUUUUCCUGGAGAAGUGUGGAACUGAGGCUGGUGGUGUGAUUUUUUUUUCCAGUUGCCUUCAGACCCAGAUACUGAGGUAAGAUUAACAAUUACUGCUGAGUUCACUUGUUAUGCUUUAUCUGCAGUCUGUACGAUAUCUUAAUUCUGAAUUUACAAUAAUCCCAAAUUUAGAGAGAUUAUACUGAAUCUUGACCUUCUAAAAAACACUUUUCUUCGACCACUUCCUAAAAUUGGAUUACUGCAGGAAGACCUUGGUUCCUAUGCUAAGUUCCUGUAAGGCCUUUGAGGAUCUCUGUGUGUACACUAAGCCAAACACCCAGACAGCUUCCCCAUACAUAUGUGCACGUGUAUACACAAAAUCAAACACAACACAAAGUGCCCUUGUUCAAUGUACAAAAGACUGGGCCAUGUUCUUCAGAUGGCAGGUCAGAUGUAAAUCUGUGCUCAGUGCUUCCGUGGUUGCUGUUUUUUCUUCAUGAACUGAUACAUGACUUCAUAAGAUUUAUAUUAUAAAAUGUUUUAUCGGAUUUUAGAGAAUGACAGCUUUGGCUGUGUCUUUUGGCCUUCAAUUUGUGGAAACCUCGGUCUUUGCACUUUUUAAAAAACUGAGAAGUCAUUCUAUCAAAAUCAUCCAUAUGUACAAAGCCUUUCUGAUCUGAAUGUUUCUUGGUUUUGCCUACAUCUUUGUAUCUUGUGGGAUUUGUGAGAUCAGUGAUGUUUCCUGGUCAUUUUUUCUGACUGUGACCAACGAGCCAAUGUACUGUGUGUGUGAUGACUUCAGAAAUGUCUAUCUUCUAGACUUGGUCCUUUUUUUAUAGUGUGCAAGUGCCAUUAUGAAUAUUGAAAAUCAUGGUGGUGAUGCUUUCAAACAUUGAAAAGGUGGAGUCUUCAAAUUUCAUUUUUCAUUAUGUGCCUCUGUGAUGACUGUUCAAUUGUAUAUUCUUUGUCUCUUAAGAAAAGAAUGUUUACCUUUUUAGCUAUAUAAAACUACCAGUUUCUAAUAAAUGUUUGUUUCCUUA